AUGUCUGGGCUCGACAUGAAUAUCGACGAGUUAGACGAGUGGCAAGGAUACGUCCAAGUCUCCUCCGACGACCUCGUAGACCCCAUGGACGACAUGGAGUGGACUGAAGUCCCCAAGGAGGACCUCGUUGCCCCUAAUUAUGAGGCGCAAUGGGAAAAAGUACCGGAGUGGGUGGACCCCAUACAUGAGCCCAUUUUCAUACCGACACUAGCAAAAGGCUUCAAGUCCCGCAUCGGCCGCGCUGGCCUUGCCGCCAGCCCACCAAAGGAAGACCCCUAUAAUGGCGACAAUCCUCCUCUUCCUCCCGGCCAGAAUCGAACAACCGUUGGUGUUGAGUUUGAAUUUUCUGCAGCCGUAGCUAGGGCCGAAGAUUUCAUUGCGGAUCCACAUCCACAAGACGGUCGAUAUCUGUCGGAAGCUUUGAUCGAUCAAAACGAUGAUUCCGCUCGUUACAUGCUCACUGUACGCAAUAGGGUUAUUGACGUAUUGAGAGAAAAUGGCAUAACCGCGGUGAAGACAGAGGAGAAAUCAACCAUCCCGUUCAAGCCUACGCGAGAUUUCGGUUGGCUUAACAGCCUUGAUGAUAUGGAGGAAAACGAAAAAGAGCUUGAGAAAUGGGUAGGAAGUUAUAACUGGGAUCCAAGUCAAGGCCAUGGCGUUAAUAUCACUGCUGCAUGCAACCAACUAGCACAACAAUUUGUCGAUUUCCACAUUCAAAAUAACCUCGAAUUUCACAAGACGCGAAACGCAAGUAUUGAUGCAGUCUCAAAAAAGGUUCAUACAUUCAUUCAUAGGGAUCAUGUGUCAAAGCCUCGCGCAGCGACCCUUAUGGCUGCGGCAGUUCAGAGCCUCUUUAAAUUAUCUGCCGACGAAGCACUUAAUCAGGCAGCGGAGGACCAAAAACAAGCAAACGAAGAAAUCGAUCCAUUGUGCGUUCAGCUUCCGGGAAUGGACCUUAAAUAUAGGACAUGGGCUUGUACUAUAGACUAUUCGGUGGUGAUGGAUGGAGUUGGACAUGUGCAUUAUGGUAAACUCCCCCCUGGAUCUAUUUAUGAUCGUAAAGAUGAAGAUGGCGAAUGGGCGCACAUUUCUCCACCCUUUGUGUAUAAAUGGUUUCCAGGCGAGUUGAGGACACCAAUUCUAGAUUACAACCAUAGCGAGACUUAUCCUGCGAUACAAAAAGCGUGUGCUGCUCUCAGAGACGCUUUCCGAAUUCAUAAACCAACAAGCGGUAUUCCAAGUGGUAUUCACAUACAUAUCGGGCAGGAGGCUGGAUGGACACUGUUACAUUUUAAGAAGUUCACGACGCUUUGGCUUAUACUCGAGAGAUGCCUCCAAUACCUUCACCGAUGGGACCGAUCCCCAGAUGACAACAACUGGUGCGCUUCAGUUCGGGGAACUAGUAAUCUCAACAGAGGUUUAACUAAUCCGGGAAGUCGUGAAAGUGUUCACAUGCCAGAUCCAAAUACCGAGGACGCGGCUCGAUACGAUGCGAUAAUGAACAAACAUAUUCCUGUGGAGCAACUCCCUAAGGACUUACGCUCAAUGAUUGGUGGUGUUUGGAGAUUUAACACAAUAGCUGAUCUCAGAGAAGCUUUGACUUCUUCUAUCUAUGACACUUCAGCGGUUCGAUGCCGACUAGAGGGUGAGAAAUCUAGCAACGAGGUCGAGCCAUGGAACACGAACACGAUAGAAUUCAGGAUGAUGCAGGGGACUUUUGACGCUGAACAUAUAUGGAAUUGGAUGGCUGUAUGUAAUAGUUUAGUCAUAUUUACUCGAGAUUCGACCCAGGAGGAGUUCUAUAAUGGACUCGGUGAUAUGUACUCCGGAAAAAGAUAUCCGUGGCAAGUCGUAGGCGUACCACGCGAGGUAGGGCUUUGGUUUAACUCUCGAAGAGAAGGGCCAGACCACACGGGGUUUUUCCAAUACGUGGAUAAGGACAAAGUAGACUGGGCGGACCCUUUCAUGGUUCGAGGACACGGAGAUACGCAUGUUCUUCUUUAG